ACGCCAUAUCUGUUCUGUCACAAUCUCUGUGUAUAAACUAAUUAGAGAUACGUAUUGCAAACUUGUAGUGUCACUUUUGUAUACCCUAUAAUCGUAAUGGUGCAAACGCGCAUUGUUACAUUUUACAAAUGCUUAACGGCAAAAUUCCCUUCAUGAACAUCCUGUGAUUCGAUGUUCUGUAUCCGGUGACAGGACAAAGUUUCUUGAUAGCGAAGUACAAUACUAUCUGCAUCUGAUUCCUACGCACGCAAAGCGCUAUGGAAUGUUAGAUUAUUGCUACGCAUCUCAUCCAUUUACCUAAUUUCUGCAUAUUAAUAAAAAGCAAAUAAAUGGCGAUUUUUUCCACGAAAAUUGAGGACGAUGCAAAGGAGCAGCAGGAAUUUAUACGAACGCAAGACGCUGGAUCUGACGGCACAGACAAGGAAAGGCAUUUGUGCAUACCGGCACGGUACCAACUGGUCCUGUUCCUCUUUAUGGGAUUUUUCGUUAUGUUCUCCAUUCGUGUGAACCUGAACGUGGCAAUUGUAGCCAUGACCAACGCCAGCACCACGACAGAGUCGCUUUUGCUCAACGCAUCCAAAGUUAAUAACAUUUGUCCACGAGAGGCCGGCAAUAUAACUGGGCCAUCGCAGCAUGCCGGCAAGUUUGAUUGGGAUGGAAAAACACAGGGCCUCAUCCUUAGCUCCUUUUUCUGGGGUUUCAUCCUGACACAGAUCCCCGGUGGUUGGUUUUCCCGAAAAUUUGGUGCGAAGUAUCCGUUUGGCUUGGCAGUGCUACUGUCCGGCUUGUUCGGCUUACUUAUGCCGGUGGCCGCCACUUGGCAUUAUUCGGCGCUCCUCACCCUGCGUAUCCUGCAAGGUGUUGUGCAAGGUGUCAGUAUGCCAGCGGCUCAUCAUCUUCUGGGACUCUGGGCACCUCCAAACGAAAGGUCACGAAUGGUAAUGAUAGCCUUUACCGGCAUUCAAAUGGGCACCGUGGUGGCAUCCAUCCUUUCUGGCGUUCUCAUCCGGAAUCUUGGCUGGGAAAGUGGAUUUUACUUUUUCGGUGGUGUGACCUUUGUCUGGUUCGCCGGUUGGCUAUACAUCGGUCACGAGUCGCCGUCAACCCAUCCGCGCAUCUCGCCUAAAGAGCGGCACUUUAUCUUGUUCGCAAUCGGCACCCAUCCCGGCGACACCUUUCGCUCUACGCCUUGGCGACACAUUCUUACGUCUCUGCCAGUUUGGGCUAUCUGCGUGGGUUAUUUUGGACACAACUGGGGCUUUUACACUUUGCUGACUACUAUGCCGUCCUAUUUGGGGAAGACACUGCAGUAUAAUAUUCAGACCAAUGGCAUCAUCUCAGCCAUGCCGUAUUUAAUUUAGCCAUGGCCGUCGUCAUGCAGCUGGCCGGCUGGCUGGGGGAUGUGCUGCGACAGCGAAAGGUCAUCAGUGUUACGUGCAUCCGCCGGGGUUUUCAUCUGGUGGGGCAACUUUUGCCAGCGGGACUGUUUAUUGUGUUGGGAUUCGUCGGA